GUUGUGGUGUAUUCACCCAAGAAUGCAGGACAAGGGCUCUUGACCGUGAAAGCAGCCUUGCCACACGCCCUGCAACCACCCAGACAGGGGACCUUGUCCGCACUGAAACGACCCAAGUCGGUCCAUCGACUCGACAAACCCACAUCGGGGAUACUCGUGGUGGGGAAAACAUUACCCGCCAUGGAUCAUUUGUCUCGACAAUUUCGCGAUAGAUUACUACAAAAGACCUACACGGCCAUUGUCAAUGGAGUUCCCCAACACAAUAAUGAUCAUGCCACUCCAGACGAACAACAAUCAUCCAUUACUACUGACAAGAACCCGUGGCAAUGGAUUGAUUAUCCCUUAGAGGGCAAGCAGGCAGUCACAGCCUGGAGGAUUGUGAGGCAAGUCCCAUCGAUACGAGCGAGAGACAAUGUCUUGACAAUGGUAGAAGUCAUGCCCAAAACGGGCCGGUAUCAUCAAAUACGAAGGCAUAUGGCGUGGGUUUGUGAACGUCCCUUGGUGGGAGACAAGGAAUAUGAUGGAAAUCAUCCGGAUGCCGUCAAGUUGCGCGGGCGGGGGCUAUUCUUGUGCUCGAAUCAAAUAACGAUCGAACAUCCCUUUUACAACACCCGAGCAGGACGGCAAGUCUGGGAGUCUCUUGCCGACACAGACAAACCAAGCGAACUCUGGGUUCGACCAGAGGAUGACAUGGUCAUGUUGACAGCCUCCAUUACUCUGCCCCAAAAGUUCCACAGUCUGAUGGAUCGAUCAGAAGCUGUGUACAACAAGUAUGCUGCCAGCAUGGGUCUACCUGUAGCACUAGAGGAGGAGAAGCUAUAA